GCCAACCCAUAAGAUCCUUUUACUUCAGUGUAAACGGAAGUGAACAGUGACCAAGAACAUUUUCCACUAAAGCGUUUUUGUUGUUAUUUAGACGUUUAUUAACACCCUGGAACUUAAAAUAUGACUAAUUUAACUGCAUAUCAUUACAUUAGUUACCUCAGGUAGUGUUUAAUUCGCGUUGGAGACCGGACUUGGUUGAUAGCUAGCAAGCGUUACCGAGAACGGCUAUUAACAAUGGCUAACGGUAUGAUUUUUCACACUCAAAUAGCCUCCAUUAUGGAGAUGCUAGCGAAUGCAGCCGUAGCAGAUAUAUGUAAACUCGUAGACGACGACUAUGCAGUGUUUCGUUUGGAAAUAACUCAAAGCCAGAAAGAAAACAGGGCUUUGCGGAGGAAACUACAGCUACUGGAACUGAAGGUGGCACGGGAGCGCGCAGAGAGGACAAUGCGAGAGCGCGUCCUCGCCAGUCGUCCCAGUAGUGUCAAGAUCCUCGACCGAUACAGAGCGAUGGCAAGAGGUGAAGGACAUCUCACUGGAGGCCACAGGAGCUUUGUGAAGCCAGUGGGACACAAUACAUGGAGAGAUGACCAACCAAUCACUGUUGAUGAGGGGAGUGGAACCUCAACCCAGCACGUUAUCGUGAUAGAGUCUGAAGAUGCAGAGGCGGCAGGUCCUGGGGUCAAGCUGGAGGGGUCUGAAGGAGAGGAGGAACCAUGGCACAGCAGAGACAUCCAGACUGGAGCAGCAUCUGGUGCGCCCCAUGUAGCCACGGAGGACCCCACCUCCCCUGCCCAGCCCAGGAUCCGACACUGCAUCACGGAGGUCAGUGGAAUGCCGAACUUCGCCCUCAAGUCAGAGACCAACACCAAGACAUUAACUGAAACACACAGGCUAUUACACACAGGAACUGACCACAGAUCAGACCCAGAGAGACUGGGGCCACUCAGCUGUCCUCCUGCUCCCGGUUCCGAAUACUUACCAUUAUUUCACCAGAGCCAGAAGACGGUUCAUUCCCGUGGAGAGGGUGACGCGUUAGACACUGGUGUUAAUGAUCCGUCUUGUUCUUACUCUACAGAGAUGGACUCUGGCAACAUGCCUUUGUGUUUAGAGACACAGAAUAAUCUGUCUAGAGGGGACUGGAACCGGUACACUAGUAGUGUAUACUCUGAAGGGUGCCUAGAUAAGAAAGAGGAGGUUAUAGUCAUUGAUGAAGUGACUGUGAAAAUGGAGGGUGACAUUUCUCUCACAUGGAAUGCAGAUAGUCACCUAGGUGACGGACACUCACAAGGCAGAGACUUCUUAGAUUACAGGGAAAGUCUAGAGACAAAUCCAAAUGUCGCGACCCACUCCCCUUUACACACACUCAAGGAUCGGGACCCAGUGUCCACAUCAAUGGGGCCUUCCGAUUCACACAGCCUUUUCGAUCAGGUAUUGAACUCAAACGACAGCGCUAGAGCCCAGGCUCGGGAAGGGGGAGCAACAUCAGACAGUAGUAAAGAGAAACGGUUCCUCUGCAUGUUCUGUAACAAAGGCUUCAGCUGCCUCCAGAAGGUGGAGAUUCAUCAGAGGUUCCACACAGGGGUGAAACCCUUCAGCUGUAACCAGUGUCACAUGUGCUUCGCCCAGGCUGGUGACCUGAAGAGGCACCAGAGGGUCCACACAGGGGAGAAACCCUACAGCUGCCCCCAGUGUGAGAAGAGGUUCUCCCGUCUGGACAAACUGAAGAUGCACCUGAAAGUCCACACGGGAGAGAGGCCGUUCGCCUGUACACACUGCAGGAAGAGGUUCUCAGAGAGGAGCUACCUCAAGAUACACCAGCAGAAAAAACAUUCCACUCUAUAACAUAUUAAGUAUUCAUUCCACUCGAUAGCUUCUGAGGUUUAGAUCAAAUCUUGAAUUAAAGAGAAAUAUUAAUGUGCAUUGUCAGCAGAAAAGAUCCACUGAUGAAUUUUGAAUAACGAGAGUAACAGAUUUCAUUGUUGAAUAUUCCUUGGUAGAAUAUUGCAUCCAGACAUUGUGUGAUAUAUAAGGCAUAUAAGCCUAAAAAGUCUGAUACUUAUUGUGUUUGUACUGUGUAGGAUAUAUGUUCACAAAUGCCUAUUUGAUUACUUCCAUUAAACUAUUUAAUUUUUUUAAAUUCUUGCAUAUUUUUAGUUGAGAUGUGUAUGUGUGGUUUUCAUAUGGUGUAUUUAACACUUGUUUAUGUUUAAUAAACACAAAAUGGGACUUUUCA